AUGUUAGAUUACAUUAGGGUUGCAGCGCAAAUGGCCGAAAAACGCAUCCAGGACGUUAUCACAUAUAUAUCAGGUCUGAGUGGAUAUACAGAUCUGUGUCCCAACGAUCAGUAUUACCUAUUGAAGUACGGGUGCAGUGAAAUACUGUCCCUCAGACGUAUCACCUAUUAUAAUGAUAAAACCAAAGUUUUUGUCCAGUAUAUGGUCUUACCCUGA